AUGGGUCGGGGGCUUCUCAGUAUUCUACAGCCCAAAUAUUGCCUGGCUUCGGAGGCGCCUAUCGCACCAGGAGCAGGUGCUGCAAAGUCCUUCCCGAAGAUCAUGAGACGCCUGGUGAGUGAACGACACCCUGGGUCCCAUGGGCCAGGGGAGACUCGAGCCCCUCAUGGGGCUGGUGUGUCCCCCAUGAGGAGCUGCAGGACCUGGUCUGACCCAGCUUUAUAGGGGGGGUCUCAUCCCAGGGAGAGGAGUCCCCAGCACUCCAGGGGACUGAAACCCCAGGGGGCUCUGCUCAGGCCUCCGAUCCCAGCCCAGAGACAGGUCCUCCCACACUUGCUGUUCACAAAAUCCUUCGGGCUCACCCUGUAACUGUGGGAUGUGCUCGUCUUGGAGGGCGAGCGGGUACUGAUGGCCAUGGCGCAUGCGUCAUUCAAAAUACACAGGGAGUGCCUCAUGAAGCUUUGCUAGAGCACCGUCUGGGAGUUUCAGGAGCGACUGUCUCAGAGCUGGGCCCUGGAGGACAACGCGGUCCUCAGGAACCUUCAAACCUCCAUGAAGGAACUAAGGAAACACUGGGACCUGUCACCCCCAGCAGAACUCAAGUGAGCGUCCUCAAGGGCGUCCCCUGGCAUUGGGCCCCUAUGUGAGGGGGACAGACUGGCUCUCCCCACCCCACCAGCUCAGCUCCAGGGACUCAUGCCAUCAGUCCCUCAGGACAAAAGCCUUGUCCUCCCCCAGCUUGGCCUGACUGGGCUAUCCUCAAGGCUGAGGCCGAGGCCCAGCAGCACAAGGCGGCUUCACCAGAACCCAGGGCAGCAAGCCACUCUGUGAGGGGCCCAGAGGCUCAAGAUGAGGCCAGCCUGUCACCCAGUGAGGUCAGGCCUUGUAUAUGAAAAUGCCUGUGCUGGAACUCUAUGCCACAGCGCCCGACAGACCUGGACGUUGGGAGCCCAUGGUUCCCCAGCUACAAUUUUGAACAGGGCUACUGUGCCCCUGUCACUCCCAACAUCUUACCUGGGCAGCUCUGGAACCACAGGCCAGGCCUGGUCCAGCAAACCCCCUGGGACCCUGACACCAGGCCCUGCCUGGGCUUAUGACAGAGAGGACGCAGGUCGAGAGACCCCCCAGCAGCAAGGUGGCGCCUGCCUGCAAACCCCCCUCGGUAGAAGAAGAACUUGGAAUGGAAGGAGCCCAGACGGUACCCGCCCAGCUGCCUUACAGCCCCAGAUGGCUGCUGGACCGUGGUUUUUAUUGCUAUUUUAUUGUUUGGCCUUUGGGCCUUGGGAUAUCCCAUUUAGUGGGGAACUUGGUCCCAUCAAGGCCUCUGGAGGGAAGGCUGAGCAUGGGGGUCCUGCAGCCCCAGCCAGCCAGCCUCAGGCCAGGGGGCCACACGGGGACCCCUAGGACUCCAGAGGCCCAGGCCUGUGGGUCAGAGCCCAUCCCCCAGGUCCUGAGUCCCAGGCCAAGGGGCCUGGCUUCAACUCCAGUCCUAGGAGGACAGGGGCACCGUGGGCCCCCAGGUGACCACGUAGGGGACCAGGACACUGUGAGCCCUGAUGCUGUAAGGAUUCAUAUCGGAGAACUUGGGCAAGCCAGGCCAGAGACGCUGAGCCCGUGCAGUGAUGAGGAUGUGGGGGGCUGGCUCAAGGGGGUCAACAGUUGUGAACACUGCAGCCUCUUCCCGGCCUCAUUGCUGCAGUGCAGGCAGUCUGCACCCCGGAGACUGGCCCACCGGUGCCCCGAGUGGCCCAGCUUGCUAUGCCAACAUGGCACCUGGAGGCUUUGAGGCCCUGCCUGCCACAUCACCCCCCUCCUGGAAGCCUUGUCCUGCAGCCUAGCCCCUGCCGCAGCCACAGCAGGGACCACUGCCAAGCGCCUUCCAGCCGGGCUUCCCAGAGGGCAGGGGUGCCCUGCAAUCAUCACCUCAGCAGCUCACACUGUGAAGAUAGUUUCAUCUACAUUCCCAUGUUCCCACCAAAGAGAAUUGCUGCAGAGGAUGCUCUUGAUCCUGAGGUGGGGAAAACGGCACGCCAGGUGGAUGGAGUCAGCUCCUUUCCCCAGCCACCACGAUUGCUGGAUGGACCCGUGGACAAAGUGGCCAUCAGACAGACAUGGGAGGGAAGAGGCUCAGCAUCCUGCUCGUGCCCUGACCAGGUUGACCAGGCCGACACCACUGCCGAGUGCCCCAUCUGCUGAUGAGAGACUUGGUGUCGAUCCCUGUAAGACUUGGUGUCGAUGACUGUUUCCCAGGAGGACCGGUUGGCCACCUAUGGGCAGGCUGCCCACACUGUGGAGAGGGCUGAGAUCGGCCUUCACUGCAGGGAGCCCCUACCUGGACACAGACUCGCCGGCCCUGCCUGUUGCCAAUCACAGCAGCCCACAGGGCAUUGCUUGCGACCAGGGUACCCUAUUCACAGUGAGGGAUAUGCAGCCGCGGCCCCUGACCAGGGAACUAACUUCUCACUAUGUCAGCCGCCACCUGGAAGCAACUGGGCUUACGAUCGCGGGUUAUGCUUAAGUGGUGAGGUUGUCUUACGAGAUGAAUGUUAUGCUUUCCACUGGAAACCAGUAUAUGGUGCUGACUUGCCCACAACCAGGUGUAGUUGUGAGAGUGAAGGUGUGAAAGUGGACGAUGUUGAGUAUUGUACCCAAAUGUCUCGAAGUUUUCCUACGCCUGUUCCGGAGAAAUGGAGCUUUGCUGGUUGGAAGGUCUGAGGACCCAGGCAGAGUGAAGCUUCCCCCAGGCGACAUAACAAUGGUUCUAUUUAAUAUGAGGAGACAGAACUAAGUCUGAAACCCGGAGUGUUCUCUGGUGCUCUUGGUGUUUCCAUGUAAAGGAAGUCAAAUAACUUGCCAUAAAGGUUGGCCACAGAAGCAUCUGAAAAAGGAGGGGGCAGAACUAUUCAGAACUCAGAGGCUUCAGAAUUGAAGAUGAGGCUGAGCAGGAGACUCCUGACCCGCUGAGGGCAGGGGAAGUAUGUGGGGGCGGCUGGGAGAGGAUGUCAUCGAGGUCCACCAUGGCCUCGUGACCUGUCACAGAACCAUGCACUUGAAUAGCUGUUCACAUCUUCUCUCCACUGAUGACAGUAUUUCUAUCCAUUUGCUACUCUCCAUGCAGGGAGCUUGCUACAAAAUGCACAUAACCACAGCCUGGGUCUUGUAAUCCAAGCCUGGCAAGGAUUCAGCAUGUCAAGGGCUUCAGGUCUGAAGGUCCAUGGCUGUCCUGAAUCCAGGAUGUCACCCUCCUGCCCAAAAAAGGAGGGACGAGGCUCAAGCAGCAACAGGCCACUCACAGAAAGGGACGAAACGUUGAGUGCAUGGCCUUCCUGACACCCAGACAAGUCUUUAGGCACAAAGCCAGGCUGUAGCUCUGGCCACUGACUCAGACCAGCGACGCCCCCAUGCAGGCCAGUCUGCCCUGGCUGCUCUUCUCCCUCCUGCCACCCUCUCCUCGGCUGCUUGUGUCAAUAAAAGGAAAACCGGCCAGUUUUCAGAGAAAAUGUAGCUUUAUUAUGACAGAAAAGAGACUACAAAGCAUUAGGGGAAGAGGAGGAGUCACAGAGCUCCUCAAAAUGGGAGGGGAAAGGAAAGAGUAAACAUCUUGGUAAAUAAAGUCUCCAACCACAGCA